GACCAGUACUCGCAGAGUCGCUAAAGAAACAAAGACCACACUCUCUUCUUCUUCUUUAGUGUCAUUUACACCGUUUGAUCUUAAUCAGACGAUUACAAAAUGCCGAUCAGAAACAUUGCCGUAGGCCAUCCAAAUGAGGCAACUCAACCCGACGCUUUGAAGGCGGCGUUGGCCGAGUUUAUUUCAACUCUCAUUUUUGUUUUCGCCGGAGAAGGUUCCGGUCUUGCAUUUAGCAAGCUUACCGCAGGUGGUGCAGCCAAUCCCGCUGGCCUUAUUGCCGCUGCUAUAGCCCACGGUUUCGCUCUGUUUGUUGCUGUCUCCGUUGGCGCUAACAUCUCCGGUGGCCAUGUCAACCCUGCUGUUACCUUUGGUGCUUUCGUCGGUGGUAACAUCACUCUUCUCCGUGGUAUUCUGUACUGGAUUGCUCAGCUUCUUGGCUCCACCGCCGCUUGCUUGCUUCUAAAGUUCAGCACCGGCAUGACUAGCGGUGGUUUCGCUCUCUCCGCCGGAGUCGGUGUAUGGAACGCUCUCGUUUUCGAGAUCGCGAUGACAUUCGGACUUGUGUAUACAGUCUACGCGACCGCUGUCGAUCCAAAGAAGGGAAGUAUCGGAACUAUUGCACCCAUCGCAAUCGGUUUCAUCGUCGGAGCUAACAUUUUGGCCGGAGGAGCAUUCACCGGUGCAUCAAUGAACCCUGCAGUUUCAUUUGGACCAGCUUUGAUUAGCUGGAGCUGGGAAAACCAGUGGGUCUACUGGGCCGGACCUUUGAUCGGCGGUGGCCUUGCUGGGCUAGUCUACGAAUUAUUCUUCAUUAACAGCUCACAUGAGCAACUCCCUACCACUGACUACUAAGCGAGCGGUGGUUGUGGUGGUGGUGGUGGUGGUCGUGCAUGGAUGAUAUGGUGGUGGCCCCGCGGCUUUUAUUUUCUCUGGUCUUAUGUAUUUAUUUUCUUGUUUGUUUAAUUUGUAACCGUUGAUCUUUUCUUUUUUUCCAUCAUCGUCUGAUCAUCCAAGGGUGUGAUUUGUGUAUUCUGAUCCGGUUGUAUUAUUCCCAUUUUAAGUCAUCAUCUUUCCAUUUUUUAGUCUUA